CACUGGUGGCUAAUAAUACUCAGAGAGACAUGGCAGCUUCUUCUUCUACCUCGUGCUCUCUGCUGUUGCUGCUGGUGGCGACGACGAUCUAUGCGAUGUCGUUGCCCUGCACCUGCGCGGCCAACGCCGGUUCGUCUCGCCACCUGACUGCCGGCUUCAUCCGUGUCAAGCUGAACGAGUCGCAGUUCGUGGUGCAGAAGCCCUACAACGUGCCGCUCCAGCAGCGGUACGAGCAGCGCGACGGCGUCCGGCGCAUGUGGGUGUUCGCCACCGACAAGCCCAUCAGCUCCACCCACCCCGGCGGCGCACGCACUGAGAUCAAAGUGAACAAGAUCUACAGCUCCGGCGUGUGGCAGUUCGAGGGCGACAUGUACGUGCCGUCGGGCACGUCGGGGGCGUCGGUGAUGCAGAUCUUCGGCGCGGCGACGCACGCCACGACGCUGAUGCUGCACGUCUACGACGGCCGGCUCACCUACUACCACGACCUGACCAAGGUGGUGGCGGACCGCGUGUACAACCGGUGGAUCCGGCUCAACGUCGUCCACGACGUCGCCGCCGGGAACGUCACCGUGUUCGUCGACGGCGAGAGGAGGCUGAGCGCCCCCGGCCAAGGCGGGAAGGAGCACUACUUCAAGUUUGGCGUGUACAAGCAGUCGCAUAACCAUCCGUCGCACCGCAUGGAGUCGCGCUGGAAGAACGUCGCCAUCUACACCAAGCUAUGAACAGAUUAAACGUCGUCGUCUCGUUGCGGAUAUGGUAGUGUGUGUGUGUGUGUGUGUGUGUGUGUGUGUGUGUGUGUGACGAUGACACACGAUCAUAUUGAUGGAAACAUGGAUCCGAUCGAUGUGUGAACUGUGAUGAUAUGGAGGACGUCUCACGUGUCUCCAGCUAGUGAAUUGAAUAAGGGAGUAGUAGCGGCUGUAUGUGAGUAGUGAAUAAGUUAAAUAUGUAUCAAAUUUAUAA